GCUUCCUGCUUUUCUGUGCUUCAUACCAUCGUUUUCGGUGAACAAACAUUAAGGAUUUAUGUUUGUCAGGUCUGCCGAAUAGAAGAGAGUUCAGCUUCAGUUCUGAGAAGCCGCUUACUACGGUCGUUCUGUGCCAGAGAGGGGAUGAGAAGUUUACAACUGGUUCUGCACUGACUGAGCAAGCAACUACUGUGAAGCAAGAUGCCCCUGGAGUUCAGGACCAUGUGUGUCCUCCUGCCGAACCGAGAGGAGCUCAGCGUGGCUUUAGGGGUAAAAGCCACUGGACAGGAACUCUUCCAGAAAGUUUGUGACUUACUUCAAAUUAAAGAUCCUCACUUCUUUGGUAUCAGUGUUCUAAAAAACAAUGAAUAUAUAUUUAUUGACCUGGAGCAGAAACUUUGCAAAUACUUCAUAAAGGAAUGGAAGAAAGAGACAAGCAAAAUAAUUGCAAAGCGAGGGAGCGAUUAUAUCCUGAAGCACGCUCCAGAGAUGCACCGGGAGCAGCAAGGCCUGACGACAAGAGAAGCUGUUCUGAAAUAUGUCAAGGAGUCCUGUCUGCUAGAAGAUGUGCCUGUUCACUUCUACAGAUUUCAGAAGGAUAAGAAAGAGGAUCGUCCCACUAUCAUCCUGGGCCUGACCCUUAAAGGGAUACAGAUUUAUCAGGAUGUGAACCAUGUCCGAGAGCUGCUCUAUGACUUCCCCUGGUCACAUAUUGGGAAACUUGCAUUUCUGGGGAAAAAGUUUGUGAUCCAGCCGGAUGGUUUGCCUUCUGCCCGGAAACUGAUUUACUAUACAGGUUGUCCCUUCCGGUCUCGGCAUUUGCUUCAGCUGUUCAGCAACAGCCAUCGGCUCUUUCUUAACAUCCAGCCCGUGCUUAAGCAGAUCCAGAUGCUGGAAGAUGCAGAAGAGAAAAAACGUUAUAGAGAAUCUUACAUCAGUGACACAUUGGAGAUGGAUCUCGAUCCGUCAGACAAGCGUUCACAUGACAGCGGAAGCAGCAGAGGAAGUGAAAGGAACCAUCGUCUGUCUCGGCAGUCAACAGACAGCCAUAGCAGUUCACACACAUCGGGCAUUGAGGCCGACUCGAGGCAUCGGAUGUCUGUGGAAAUGUCUGUGGAUGAACCCUUCAUUAUGGAUCAGGUUCAUCCGAAGGAGAAGUCCUGUAGCUCAACUGUCAGCUGUGGAAGCUCAGGCAUUGAUAGUGGCAGCAAAGGAAAAGCAGACGACUCCCAGGAGGAUGAGGCUGAACUGGCAGUGGAUGAGCCAGAAGAGGUACCUGUGGACAAGUUUCACUCAGAAGAGGCCAUCAGUGGAAUGCCUGUAGAUUCUCUUGCAGUAGAUGGCGUUUGCUGUCAGACCUUUAAUAGGAACCCUCUUUCAGUAGUGCAGGUCACCUUAAUAAAGGUCAGAGGACAAAGUGUGGAUUCCCUUCAUCAGCAGGUGGCACAGUCCAAAGCUAUGAAGUGUCCAGACCAGCACAGCCAAAGUUUAGAUGACAUCCGUCUUCACAAGCAUCUUCAUCCACCGUUAAGUGCCACAUUGUCUUCAGAUACCUCCCACAGCUACACAUUUGGUUGUACCUUAGAGGAUAAACUGGCCAACUACGGAUGCGUGUAUUCAACGGCUGACUGCAAAACCAAGUCGGCCCUCUAUGGAAAGAGGUCCAUGAACUGUCUGUCUCUGGAUCUCUUGGGAGAAGAUCCACUUCCAGAGGAAUUUGUGGUGUAAUCACAUUCGAAGAGCUCUUGGACUAUCUUGGAGAGGAAAAUACACACACAUAAAAAAUGACUCUUGUUAUGAAACUUGUGGGAAAUGGAAACUGUUAUAUAUACCUCAUCAUCUGGGAUGUUUGCCCUUCAUUAUUGUUCCAAGUGAUACAAACAAACUCUCCAGCUUUCCAUUGUUUUGUCCGGCAGUCUUAAUUAAAGUGCAAAUUAAUAGUUAAAAUAUACCAUCAGUAGGUCUCCCAGUCAACAUCUGAGGAAUCCUGGACUACUGGCAGAAACACUUUUCAAACUAAAAAGGCUGGUGGGCAAAACAAUUAAAUACCAGAUA